GUGAACUUUGCAUUCGCAGUUAUCCGGUGUCGGUCGCGUCGUGGUAGACGUAUCGAACUUAUUUACUUGUGCUUCCGUUCAAAACACUGCUAUCAAGCGUCUUGUAAAUAAAAAGAUGGUUUUCAAAAGUUAAUAUUUAAAAAAAGAACAUUAUUCAAAGUGGAUAUUGAGUACAGUGCGAGCAAAAUGUGGUUCCGUUUAAUGUUUUUCGUUUUUCUUACGCUAUCCGGGCUCCUAGCCAUGGGAAUAGAUGAUGCUGUUCAUCACAACGCAGGGCACAGACUUCGCUUGCACAGACCGAGCCGGAGACAUCGAGCUGCGAAUGAUGGCGCGCUACGCUUCGAGACUGGCCCAUUCAGCAAGAAGUUGGAACUGAACUCCUCGGGUCGGAUACAUUGCAAGGUCGCCGGCGGCACGGCGCCCACCGUGCAGUGGUUUCUGAACGAGUCGGACCCCCUGCCCGACGGUGUGACGUCAUCGAACGGCACGCUCAUGGUGGUGGAGGCCAAGAAACAGCACAGCGGCAACUACACGUGCCGCGCCACCGACGGCGAUCACGUCAUACACGCUAACAUCACUCUAGACGUCGUGGUGGCACCGCGCGUUUUAGACCCAGCUCCCGACCAGCAGAUGCACGUGACAGUCGGUCAAACAGUGUCACUGAACUGUAUAGCCACCGGCGACCCCGCGCCCACCACCCACUGGGACAGGAACCUUACCAUUUUGCACCAACAACAAGAUGGCGUUGAAAUCGAGGGAGGAGUGAACGCGUCGAUAUCAAGAGUGGUGCUGCUGAACAACGGCUCGCUGCUGAUCCGCAACGCCAGCGCGCGCGACGCGGACCGCUACGGCUGCACGGCCGGCAGCCUCGCCGGGCUGGCGCGCAACGAGUUGCUGCUCGUCGUGCAUCCCGAAGGUGAGCUCCAACCGGCCGAGUCCACCGGUGUGGCGGGUAAGGCUGUGCUCGUCUCCAUUUCCGUCGCGGGCGCCUACAUGAUCCUGGUGCUGGCGCUGAUGCUGUACUGCAGGCGACGCCGGCUGAAGAGACGCCAGCGAGGUGAAAAGAUGGAGUUGGAAAUGGCAGAAGGGAGGGAGAAGUUGGUAGAAGAUGGAGAGGAAGAGAAGCAGAAGGUGACGCAAAACGGUGCGCCCGCGCAGAACGGCCGUCUGCUGCCGCAUGAUCGAGAUAGUGGCGCAGAUAACUCUGAGGUGUCUGGCGUGUCCCGCGCGUCCAAGAAGUCUGGUCAAUUUGACCAGCUCGCCGUGCCUCGGACCCUACUGACGGAACAAAUCACACUUGGUCGCGGCGAGUUCGGUGACGUGAUGCUGGCCAAGAUAGACAUGACGCAGAUCAGCAAGUUGCGCAGCAAGGACGAGGAUCUGGAGCCGCAGCUCAAGCCCGUGCUCGUCAAGGCUUUGACUACCAAGGACGAGGUGCAACUGGCCGAGUUCCGCCGCCAGCUGGAGCUUUUCAGCCGCGUGCGCCACGAGCACAUCGCGCGGCUCAUCGGGCUCUGCAACGAGGCCGACCCGCACUACAUGCUGCUGGAGCAUACUGACUGGGGCGACUUACGUAGCUUCCUCAUCGCGACCCGAACACCGGAAGAGAACGAAGAGUAUAUCAAUAGAGUGGGGCCUUUACACGGCUUGCCAGCCAGAGACAACACCAUCCACCCCCUGGCUCCCCGCCACCGACUGGCGCUGGUCGCCCACCUCGCGUCCGCGGCCGCCAGGCUCGCUCACAAGAGACUCACUCACAGAGACAUAGCGGCGCGGAACUGCGUGAUCACAUCUAAACUGCAGCUCAAGCUGAGUUUCCCCGCGCUCACCCGCGGACCGAACUCGCACGAGUACUACAAGCAUCACGACCAGGUGAUUCCACUCCGCUGGCUGCCAUUUGAAGCUGUGAUGGACGGAGAAUACUCGACUAAGUCUGACGUCUACAUGUUUGCAGCUACCAUUUGGGAGAUAUACACAAAGGCGGAGAUGCCCUUCGCGAAGUUGAACGACAACUCGGUGUUAGACAGACUGAAGACUGACACUCUGGAGUGGAACAUACCCAGCGCGAUGCCUGAACGACUCGCCAACUUACUGAAACGUUCGUGGAGCAAAUCCCCGUCGGACCGGCCGCAGUUCACGGAGAUCUACGAAGAAGUGACGUCAAUCAUACAGGAGAUAUCAGCGGAGAGUGUCUCCCAACACUCCCAGGACAUGAUUGAGAGAGACGAGUGAAUCGGUACGGUACGAUGUGCUACGGAACUGUUUGUACUAAAACUCAAACAAACUCGGGCCCAAAAAAUUCAAACGAUACAAAACUGAAAAGUGGCCAUAAAUUAGUACAUAUAAAGAGAUAUCAUGAGACCAAUUUUCAGAAAAAUAAACAUUGGCUAAAUCAGCUAAAUUAGUAGUAGUAGUAGUAAAAAGUGCAUUUACGCAAUUUGAUUGGAUCCGUUUUAAAUCAAAUUCAUUUCACAUGAACAUUAAUUUGACACAUUUUGUUAGAAUCUCUAGGAAAACUGCUUUUUUCCCCUGUUGGCCAAUAUUAUUUCGUCUAAAAUUCAAAUGGAGUAAUCUAGUAAAAAAUACAAGAUUUUUAGUACAUUUUUCAUUUCUGUAUCGUUCUGAAGAGUGGGCCCAAUUUCGGGCUUCUCCUUUGGUACGAGACCAUUUCCUCUAUGUCCUAUGUCUAUCUCGCUCGCACUUACGGCCUUUAUGGAGCCGCUUAGUGAAGUUCGGAACAAUUAAAUAAAUGUAUCGUUCGUUAUAGUAUCGAUAACAUUAUUCAUUUGGUGUUGACUUUUACAAUAGUACAUGGAUAUUAUUCUCUAUUUCUUUAAGUGUAGAUUAUUUAAACUUAUCACGUCAUUAAAUUAUAGAAUACACAUUGCUUGUGUAGAAUCGCAAGUAAACGCGUAUCAGUAACUGAGCGCGUUCUGACAGUAUCAGUAAUUCAUUGAUAUUGACAAAUAAAGAAAUUUGACUAAUCAACGCGCCCAAACGAGGUGCCAGCGAGACAAAGGUUUUGGAUAUCCUUAUUUAUUUUAUUCUAAACAUUUUAAAACGUUUGUACUGUGUACUGAUUGCCUACAUUUUUGCUAGACUAUGGAAAUUGUUAUCAAACAUAGGUCUAUAGAACUUUACAAUAUCGAAAUCAAUUUACACUAUGUGAACUAGUGAUUGAUAUGUAUUAGAAAUAGAUGUUUUUAUACUUUUGAAUAUUCGUCUCAUCGAUAGGUACUUUAACAAAUACAUGUCGAUAACAUUAUCGACACGAGCAUUACACAUCACUACGCAAUGCUACAAGUACUAUAUAAUAUAUUCUACUAAGCUCACACGAUUUAUCGCAGCGUCUAUAACAAGAUUUUGUCUAUAUUAUAGUCAUUUGGAUGCAUUUACAAUUAUAAUGUAGAACAUUAGACAUUUAGUUAAUUAAGUUUGGGUUAAUGUCGACUGAAUAGGUAUGUUUAAUGAAUCUAUACAUCGAAUUAUAUACUACACACAUUUAACUUAUUAAUAGCGAUCAUUAGAGUCUACAGACAGGACUUUUUUAGGUAUGAUGAUCUCGUCUUUGGGACCCCUUGUUUUAUAAAUGGUCCUGAACACAAUUCCCAGCUAGAUUCAAUUUAUAUAUUAAGUAGGAACCCCUCAGAUUAUGGGUAGAUAAAACCUUGUACUUCGUCCGUUUAAAGACUGUAUCAUCACUUAAUAUCAAGGGGUCUAGCACGCAACCAAGUGAAGAGAAAUUUACUCAAAGGCACAAUUAUCCACCCACGUUAAUAUACUCGUGUCAUAUUAAAGUCGGUGGAUAGUUGUGGCUUUGAGUAUAGACAAAAUGUCGUCCAAUGGCGGCGGUGUUGUCGAGGAAAGAGAUAGCUGUAUUUCCGGUUGCACCGCCAUUGGUUGAAAUCUUGUCUAGUUCUCUUCAUGAGAUAUGUUUUUGGUCACAGGUGAGAUAUAGAAGUAGUUGACUUGUUUAAAAAUAUUUCGUCAUGAAACUAUGAGUACUUUUUAAAAUGACUGCAAUUUGCCCAAUAGUGGACAUAUACUUUGAAUGGAUAUUUUCUAAAAAAUGCCAAAAAAUCUCCACUAAUUUUUAACUUUUAUAUAAUAUUUCUAUGGAAUUUUUAUAUAUCAUUUGGUUUAAAAUUAAUUUUGUAAUAUAAUAUUUAAAACAACUAUGUUUAAUGUUUAGGAUAGGUCUUUUUUGCGACAAAGGUUCCUUUUUUUUAACAUCACUCCGUUUUAUAUAACAAUAUUUUGUUUUGAAAUAGAAAAUUUAUAUAAUUUAGUUUCAUUGAGCCCAUUUUUGAUUUUAUCGUCUAUGAAAUUAAUGAAACCUUUUUGACAUAUUGUCCCAUUAUUAUCUAUGGUUAUGAUAUUUAAGUUUAGAAAAAAAUAAAUUAGCAUAGAUAAAAGUUAAGCAAAGAAACGGAAGCUACACGAUACUGCCAUUUGUGUAAAUAAAUUGAGAUUAGGCGUUAAGACUGAAUUUGUAGGCAUUUUGUAUUUUUAAAUACCUAUUAGUUGAAAGAUUUUUCGUCCGAAAUUUGAAAUGUAAUCUUACGUCCUGAUUGAAUCGAAAUUUUUUAGAUAAUUUAGAUAUAAUGCGUGUAAUUAGCGGCUUUGUUAUAAUUAAAUGUCAUUUUUAAAUGUAGGUUUACAACAAUCAAAUUCGUACACUAAACUUUAAACUUAUUUAAAGGGGUACAUACCACGGGACAUUUUUUUUUUAUUUUUUACCGCCCUGGAUACUAGUCCUUUAAGGCCUUGCAUUAAUAAAAGGUAAUAAUUUUUCUUAAAUACCAUGGGUCAGUUCCAUGGCACCACAAUUAGGAAAAUAUUUGUCACAAAAUUAUUUUUUUAUUUGAGUUUAUUAAAUUACAACAGUGUUGUUGACAUUUAUUUAAUUUUCCUUUUUUUUUUCGUAAGUCAUUUAGAUUAUAAUAAAAUAAAUGGCUCUUUCAAUUCUCCCAACAGCUAUUGUAACAUGAGAUUUGUUUCCAAAAUACAUUUAAUCUCAUUUUAUUGUUUUUACUUGUAUAAUUUUUUUCAAUUAAGGGAACAGAAUAAAGAAUGAUUCAGAAUGAGUCUCUACAAGCAGCGUGAUGAAGCCGGUGAAACCCAUAAAACCCAAACGUUACCCGUCUCUUGAUAUCCGCAUAUACAAACUUUUUUCAUAAUUUUUAUUUCAAAAUUUAACACUAACAUCAAUUACGGAAAUUAAUAUAAUAAUCAAUAAUAAAAAAAUACUUCACCUUAUUUCUUUGGUUUUUGUGAAAAACAUAAGACGCCACUUUCCUUGAAUAAUAUUGAACAUUACUGAGGCGAUACUUCCUAGAAUGUAUUAGUUUUUGAAUUUUGUAUAUGGAACGGCUACGACACCGUCAUGUUCCGUGCCCUCUAUCUGCCCAUUAUUCUUUUAUCUGUGUUCUUUGUAAAAUAAAAUAAAACUUACUAUGGUUUCUUCUUUUUUAAUUUGUACAUUUUAAACGAUACCAGGUGAUGCAUUUAUAGUGUGUAAGAACUGAUCAAUAAAAUAUGUAGUAACCUACCUACUAGCUAGGUUAAUGUUAGAACUAUUUAUUUACUAGUAAGUAAUGUUUAGGUUUUAUAACUCGGUAGCUAGCAAUUCAAAUUAAAUAUGUAUUUUUUUUAUAAUUUCAUGUUGAUUAUACUGUCCAUUUUUUUAAAACUAUUUGUGGUUUUGCGUACGUUUACAUAUUGCAGGUGAUUGCGACCCGCCGGCGGGUCGAUGCAAAUACCUACGUCAUAUAUACGUUGUAUGUAUGUAUGUCGGUCGGUCGAUUGGCAAAUAUACGUAGAAUGUAUAGUCGGAUGCAAUGUUUAUGACGUCUCGGAAAUUAGCUGCGGUUUUCACACAUAAAGUCAAGAUGCUUGAGACGACUGCGGUUGCGGUGGGAGGAGCCGUGCUGCCCCUGCGGUACCGCUGAUACCUAAAAUCUUGUAUUGCACAGCUUAACGCACGAUGUUCCGCAACAUCAUAAAGUUUGCAUGCUAUUACGUAGGCGGGAUCCGUGUGAUCCAUACACUGAACUGAAAGGAGGAUAUAAUGAAAUAAAUGGUAGGCUGUAUGUGCCUCUACCCUUUGCCGCAUAGUAAAUUGGAAAAUAAAAUUUUAGUCUAUGGACGAUAACCACUUCUUAUUUUUUUUAUUUUGCUAGCUUCAAUUGAUUAAGAAUGCGAUAAUUAUUUUAGUAAUAUAUGUCAGUCAUUUAAACCAUAGCGCUUAAAUGCAUAUAAGGGCAUAAAUAGCCAAUUAUUUAGUACUAGCGGACGCCCGCGACUUCGUCCGCGUGAAAGUCGUUGUAAACUUUCAACUACACCUAUCCUACCACUACCCUACCCUACCCCUGCCCUACCGCUACCCUACCCCUACCCUACACUACCUCUACACUACCCCGACCCUACCCUACCCCUACCCUACUCAUUAAGGCUGCACUUCUUUAUUUAUUCCCCCCCCGCGGGUCGCGUCGAGCGCGGCAACCUUUACACAAAAAUAAUCCAUAUAGCAUGAAUUAGUAUUCACGCGCGAUGGCUUAGCGUAUUUCAUGUAUAACUUUGGUGUUUCUUUACCGAUUUUUAUGAUUCUUUUUUUAUUUAUUCAAUAGGUAAUAAUGUUAACUUCCUUAUUAGGGAUGACAGAUGAGUGUUAUAAACAUAAAAGUAGACAAAUAUAAUUAGAAAGCUCCGAACUGCUAAGCUAUCGGGAGUUACACGUGUUAUUGUGAGUCAACCAUAAAAGAUAGACAUAUAUAUGCUGUUGUGUUUUUAUAGAUUAUUUUAAGGAGAACAUUUCCGUCAUACAUGAUUUCUAUGUAGCUUUAACCAUUAAGGCUGUACAUGCGACGGAAGCUUAAAAAAUUGAGUAACUUCUCCCGUUUUCUCAACAUUUCUCUUCACUGCUCUGCUCCUAUUGAUUGUAGCGUAAUGAAAAGUAUACUAUAACCUGCCCAGGAGUAUGUAGAAUAAUUGUACCAAGUUUCGUUAAAAUCCGUCCAGUAGUUUUUGUUUCUAUAAAGAACAUACAGACAGACAGACAGACAGACAGACAGACAGACAGACGGACAGACAGACAGACAGACAGACAAAAUUUUUACUGAUUGCAUUUUUGGCAUCAGUAUCGAUCACUAAUCACCCCCUGAUAGUUAUUUUGGAAAUAUAUUUCAUGUACAGAAUUGACCUCUCUACAGAUUUAUUAUAAGUAUAGAUGUGUGACACCAUUUUAAUCGCCAUUUUCUUUUGUUUUAAAUUAAUGACAAGUUAUAGAACAUUUUUUUUUUACUUCUUUUUUUUUCUAAUACGUAGGACUAAUUAAAAGACUAAAUUUAAUUGUACUCAAGUAGUAUUUAGUCGGUGUAACUGACAACUUGUAGGAUAUAGUUUUAUAAUGCUUAGUGCCAGAAACUUAGGUAUUCUCUUUAGGUACUAAAGUUUAAGAAAUAGCCACACUUUCACACUUAAAAUGAUUUUUUUUUGUUUGUAACAAAUAAAAAAGUCCAUAAUAAUGGAUUUAGAGAUUUUAAUGUGACAGUGAUGGCUUAUAUGAUAGAAUAUUAGCUUUAUUGUCGUGUCAAUUUUGUAUUAAAUAUUAAUGUAUAUUACAGACUUCUUUUUUUAGAUUACAUUUUUUUAUAUAUUUAAUUUUAUUAUUGUGUUUUUGUAUAAAACUGAGUUCCUUUAUAUUAUUUAACAAUGGGGUCUUUACAAUAUAAGAAUUUUAUAUAUCAUUCCGAGAAUCAAGUUACUGAGUUGAGUCCGUUGAGGCACCAAAGUCAAAAUUUAUUUUUUUUCUGGGUUCUGUGUAGUGAAUUACAUAUUUUUUGAUAUUUUGUAUCAAUACUAGCAAAUGAGCGAGUGGAAUUAAGCGUGAGUAGGUAAGAACAAUAACAUUGUAAACUGUGAGAAAUGUUUGAGAGUUAAAUCACCACUUUUGGAGAUGACAGUAUACGGGCAAACAGACCGACAUACUUACCGCUCAUUGAAAGUUAAGUUGGUAUUAUUGUCGAUGGUUUUAAAAAUAAAAUAUAAAUGCCUAAUAACCAAAUCAAAUAGAUUUUGAUAGUAUCUUGAUACAUGAUGCUGUUUUAUAGGAAAUUCUUUAUUGUAAAGUAUCCAUGAGUCAUUUAAAACUCGCUUACGUAAGAUGUGGAAUUACCUUAUUGUGCAUAUUUUAAAGGCUGCUAUUAUUUUUAAAAGAAAUGUUUUUUUUGUAUCGAAGUAAUGUAGGAAGCCUUAGUGGUGCUUUUUUAUUUUAAUUAUUUAAGUGUAUAAUUAAAGUUUUUUUUUAAUAUAACAAUUGUUUCGGUCAUAUCGGGCUAAUUGUAAGAGUUGUGACCUGCACUGAAGAUAUUAUAGUGCACAAGUGUGUACAUAGACACUGGUGCAAUCUCUACUCUCAUAAACUGGUUAAAGAUCAGUAUUGCUAUUUUUUACGAUGUUUUUAUAACUCGACAGUGUGAGUUUCGAACUCGUGUCUUAUUUCUCUGUCUAUAGUAUCUCGUUAGACAGAGAGAUACAGACUAAUUCGAAACUCUCACUAUCGAGGUAUAAAAAUAUCAUUACAGAAUAUUCGUGUAAAGUCAUAUAAGAUCGAAGUCGAGUAGAAAAUAUUUUGAGUUGUUAAUAUGAAAAAAAAAAAGAAAUAAUGACUGAUUCACAUUUGUAGGUUAUUAAUUAAUUAGUUUAAUUAGCUUUACACAUUUAUAUAGCAUUUUGUAUUCUUUUUAUACUUAUGUGAUACAGACUGACUUAGCGUCGUUUUAUGUUUUAAUAAUAUUCUUUUUCUACUUUUUUUAAAUAUAAUUAUGCGUUAAGGCAAUGUAUUAAUGGAAGGAAUUUUUGCAUUUGCGAUUUUUAAUAAAUAUAAUUAAUCGAA